AUGGAUUCGGAUCAGGGAAAGCUUUUCAUCGGUGGGAUUUCAUGGGAUACUAAUGAGGAGAAGCUGAAGGAGCAUUUCGGCAAUUAUGGUGAUGUUUUGAACACUUCAGUUAUGAGAGAGAAGAACACUGGCAAACCUAGAGGUUUUGGUUUUGUAGUUUUCUCAGAUCCUUCUGUUCUCGAUAGGGUUCUUGAAGACAAGCAUGUUAUUGACGGCAGAACGGUUGAUGCCAAGAGGGCAUUCUCAAGAGAGGACCAACCGAUUUCUGUCACUUCAAGAACUGGAAACUCUAAUUCUGGUUUGAGUUCAGGUAAUGGUGGAAAUAUGAGGACCAAAAAGAUAUUUGUUGGAGGGUUACCCCCCACUCUGGCUGAAGAAAAAUUUCGUCAGUACUUUGAGGCAUAUGGACAUGUAACUGAUGUUGUAGUCAUGUAUGAUCAGAAUACUGGACGACCAAGAGGAUUUGGGUUUAUUACAUUUGAUACUGAGGAAGCAGUUGAUAGGGUUUUGCACAAGACAUUUCAUGAUUUAAAUGGUAAACAAGUAGAGGUAAAGCGUGCACUUCCAAAGGAUGCCAAUCCUGGUGCAAGUAGUCGAAUGAUGGGUGGUGCUGGAGGUGGUAGUGCCGGAAUGGGUGGUUAUCAAGGGUAUGGGGCUUCUGGUGGCAACCAAAAUGCAUAUGACGGUCGUUCGGAUUCUGGUAGGUAUAUGCAGCCUCAAAGUGCUGCAGGUGGGUUCCCAACUUAUGGCUCCUCUGCUUAUAGUGCUGCUGGAUAUGGGUAUGGUUCGGCUAGCAAUGGCCUUGGUUAUGGUGCAGCAUAUGGAGGUUAUGGCGGUGCCACAGCUGGUUAUGGCGGACCUGCCGCUGCAACGUAUGGAAACCCAAAUGUCCCUAAUGCUGCUUAUGCUGGUGGUGGCCCAAGGAGUUCAUGGCCUGCUCAGGCUCCCUCUGGCUAUGGCUCUAUGGGUUAUGGAAACACUGCUCCUUGGGGUGCUCCAAGUGGCGGUGCUGGAUCUGGUUCAGCAACUGCAGGUCAAUCCCCCAGUGGAGCUGCUGGAUAUGGGAAUCAAGGUUAUGGGUAUGGUGGUUAUGGCGGUGGAUAUGGUGGAAGUGAUAGUUCUUAUGGGAAUCCAGGUGUAUAUGGUGCUGUUGGUGGGCGUACUGGGAGUGCUCCAAGUAGUAAUGCUAGUGGUCAGAGUGGUAGUGAACUGCAAGGUAGUGGUGGAAGUGGAAACUAUAUGGGCAGCGGCUAUGGAGAUGCAAAUGGGAAUUCUGGUUAUGGUAAUGCAGCUUGGAGAUCUGAACAGGCUCAAGCAUCUGGUAAUUAUGGUACUCCUCAGGGAAAUGGUGGGCAAGUUGGUUAUGGUGGUGGCUAUGGUGGUGCUCAAACUCGACAAGCCCAACAACAGUAA